AUCCCUUGUCCCCAUUAUUUUUGAAACAGCAUCUGGAAAUUGGUAAACAUCGUCUCUGCAACUCCAAAUUAUUCCUCAAAUAUUUCUCCACCAAAUUCCUCCGGAGCUCUGCCGAUCAUGAUUCUCCCACUCUCUUUGAUUCUCUUCGCCUUGCUUCAGGCCCUUCCCGGCCUCCUUCUCGCCGGCGCUUCCAGUUCCAACAUAGCGUACCCCUCCGUCGUCGACACCGCAGCCACCGAUUGCUCACUUUCCAACGGCGGCGAUGCCGGCCUUAUUCCAAUUCGUCGGGAGGUGUACGAUAAUGGACGAAUAAUCGACAUCAGUCAUCGCGUCACUGCAGAUAUGCCGUCAUGGGAAUCUGACGAAGGGCUUGGCCAGUUCCUCUCGCUUCCGAAGAGCAUGAAGAACGGCUCGCUCGCUAAUAAUUCUGAAAUUAAGCUUCCAGCUCACACUGGCACGCACGUCGAUGCGCCUGGUCAUGUUUUCGAUCACUACUUCGAUGCUGGUUUCGAUGUUGAUACACUCGACCUGGAAGUCCUUAAUGGUCCUGGACUGUUAGUUGACGUUCCAAGGGAUAAGAACAUUACUGCUGAGGUCAUGAAGUCUUUAAAUAUUCCCAAAGGAGUGCGUCGUGUACUCUUCAGAACAUUAAAUACAGACAGACGUCUCAUGUGGAAAAGGGAGUUUGAUACAAGCUAUGUGGGAUUUAUGAAGGAUGGAGCAAGAUGGCUGGUAGAGAACACUGAUAUCAAACUUGUUGGAAUUGACUACUUAUCAGUUGCAGCCUUUGAUGAUCUUAUUCCAUCUCAUCUAGAAUUUCUAGAGGGCAGGGAAACCAUUAUCGUUGAAGGUUUAAAGCUCGACGGCGUCCAGCCAGGAUUAUAUUCUAUCCAUUGCUUACCUCUUAGGUUGCUUGGCGCCGAGGGGUCGCCGAUAAGAUGCAUUCUAAUUAAGUAGUAAGUUCUAUUGUGACUUUGACAGUGUCGAUAGAAUUAGUUUCAAAUGAAGUAGAAAUAUCAUCAUCCUCAGGUAAGUUAGAGCUCAAGAUGAUGUUAUUCCAGAACUCUUGUUGAAGACCUGGUAUUAAAUAUUCGUCGACAUGUUGACAUUUCUAUGUAUUCAUGAGUUCGACAUCGAUAUGAGGGUAAA